CCUACUGGCGCUAUCUUGACGGUCCUCGAAGGAUUCGGCUUGAGUGAAGUAUUUUUUAAAGCACCGCGGCACACGAUAGCCUAGGUUAGAAAGGACUAUUUCUGUGAACUAGCAAACCUUAACUAGUUCUAGCUAACGUAAAUGUCAGCUGAAUUCACACGGCGGCCGUUCUUUCUUGUUCAGCUCCUUUAACGCAAGCGAGUGUUUUAGACAGUAGUGACUACUGUACCAGGCUAGGUAGCAAACGAAUAGCAAGCUAGCUUGGUUGUUAGCCACCUUGCUGGGGUCGAGUACACGUUUGCUUAGGACGCAUAUGCUGAUUAAAAUCAAGUGAAUGUGGUGUAUUUCCAACUCUACAUUCAGCCAUGAUAUCGUUGGUUGGAGGUCUAUCAUGUUGGCUGGCUAGUAUUAGCUAACGUUAGUUUAGCUACGGCCAGCCUUGACGUCCAGACCUGGCUUGGUGUUACAGGACUAUUCCACGUAGUUACCGAGUUUCCUCCCGGGAACACUGUUUUCCUCUGAACUCGCCGUAUUUCACCAUUCUGGAGGUUGGGUUUAAACACGCUUUACUUUGCUUUUCGAUAAAUAAAUAAAUCAUUUUCAUUAUUUCUCUACGAGGGUUAGAGUUAAAUAUCUACAGAGGUUAGUUGUGUGCUUUGGAAAAAUGGAUGCGGGGAUCGAAAAGGAAUGCAGCGCUCUUGGAGGGCUUUUCCAGCUCAUCAUGAACGACAUGAAGGCGAGUUAUCCAGCGUGGGAGGACUUUGUCACCAAAGGAGCAAAGCUGCAAUCUCAGUUAAGGGCGACCAUCCUGGUGACAGGCUCGUUCCUGGAUGCCUUCCAGAAGGUGGCAGACAUGGCCACUGGAACCAGAGGUGCAACCAAGGAGAUUGGCUCGGCCUUGACCCGGAUGUGCAUGAGGCACAGGAGCAUCGAGUCCAAACUGAAGCUGUUCACCACGGCUCUGACAGAUGGGCUGGUUGCUCCCCUGGAGCUGAAGAUCGAGGAGUGGAAGAGAGUGGCCGGUCAGCUGGACAAGGACCAUGCCAAAGACUACAAGAGGGCCCGAGCAGAUAUCAAGAAAAAGUCAUCAGACACCAUCAAGCUGCAGAAGAAAGUCAAGAAAGGGAAGGGUGAGGUGAGGGGCCAGCUGGACAGCGCUCUACAGGAUGUGAAUGUUCGUUACGCGGUGUUGGAGGAGACGGAGAAGAAGGCCGUGUGCAGGGCUCUCAUCGAAGAGAGAAGCCGUUACUGCUCAUUCGUUAGCCUGCUCAAACCCGUUCUGGAUCAUGAGAUCAGCAUGCUGGGAGAAGUAACACACCUGCAGACCAUCCUGGAAGACCUGAGCAGCCUCACAGCUGACCCACACACCCUGCCCCCCUCCAGCCAGCAGGUGAUUCUGGACCUGAAGGGCUCUGACUUCAGCUACAGCUACCAGACCCCUCCUGCCUCCCCAAGCCACACUCCAUCCCGCAAGAGCAGCAUCAGCAGUGCGUACCAGUCUGCUCAUGGUCCCUCUCUGGACUCCCUCUCCUGUACUGUGGACGGGAUGCACCUAAGGCCGCCCUCCAUGGACCCUGCCCAGUGUUUGGCUGGUGGUCCUCCAGGGUCCAGGAGUGGGCAAAAUGAUCCUGGUCCUGAGAACGGCACUGCAUACACACAUGUGGAGAGAGCCAGAGCCAUGUCUGCCUCCUGGAAGCCUCCUACAGCCAGGGAGCAGCUGGCCCUGGCGUUGGGGGCGGGGCUGAACUGUGACGGCCCUCGGAGCAGCAGAGAUUCCCUGCACUGCUCCUCUGGCUACAGCACCCAGACCACCACGCCCUCCUGCUCUGACGACACCAUCCCCUCUCACGCUUUAAAGAAAGAACCCCCUAUCUAUGACUACGACUCCAUCUCUCUCCACGGAGGGGAGGAGCUCCACCACGGUCAUCCUGACUUCGACAAGUCCUCCACCAUCCCCCGCAACAGCGACCUGGUCCUCAACUACCGCAAGCUCCUGCAGACCAAGCGUCCGGCCUCCACGGUCAGCCUGCUGGCAGAGCCCGAGCCCCUGUCGUCACGCUCCUCACACACCGCCACCAUCCGCAGGAAACCCUCCUCCAAGCCGGCCUACCGGCGCGGCACCAUCAGUGGGGGGCUCCCCAUCCCCAUCUGCACCCCCCAGGUGCCCCUCAAGGCCAUGGCGGGGGGCGGCGGGGGAGCGGGGGGCAGCCAAGAGAACAUGGCGCCACCCGGUGGUCUGGGCCAUGCCAAGCACGGCUUGUGUACCUCCACCCAGAGCCUUAGUGCCAUGCCUUCCUCCUCCUCCUCUCAGUACUACUCCCCGGGGCAGGGGCAGGUCCCGGGGCAGGGGGCUGCUCAGGGCAGCUCAGAGCAGCUGUAUCAGCUCAAUAAGCAGCAGCAGUAUGCUCUGCACCAGCAGCAGCAGAGGCAGUACCACGCUCAGCUGCAACAUCAACAGCAGCAACAUCAACAACAGCAACAGCAGCAACAGCAGCAGCAGCAUCAAAAACAACAGCAAGAACAACAACAACUGCAGCAACAACAACAACUUCAAAAACAGCUGCAUCAGCAGCAACAGCAGAUGCAACAACAACGUCAGCAACUACAAAAAAUGCACCAAUCACAACAACAACAACAGCAGCACCUGCAGCAGCCUGAACCACAGCAACUGCAGCUGAAUCAACAGCUGUACCAGCAGACACAACAACAACCAGAUCAGCACUACCAGCUGCAGCCGUCCCCAAGCCUGCCUCCCCAGAUGGAGGACCCGGGGCCCCCCCAGCAGCAGCCCCCGGAGGACGGGGCCCCCCUCCAGGGAGGGGGCCACAUGCUCACUAUGAUUCGAGGGGUUAAACUACGUCGGACCCUCACCAACGAUCGCUCCGCCCCCUUCAUUCCCACCCCGCCUAAUCACCUCUGAGGAUGAAGACAUGGGCUGCCCCCCCCCCUAAGAUGAUCUACCCCUAAACCCCCCAGGGUACCCCCCUGGUGUAACCCCCCCCCCCUCCCCCCCCGUGUUGUCUCUCAAUCACAGUUCAGCUCUUUUGCCUGUUAAGAUGUAUGUUUUAUGGUUUUGACAGUGUUUUUUUCUGUAGAGAGGAGAGGUGAAGGUUUUAUAGACAAUCUUGGUUCAGCCAAUAAACAGCUGACUCUGAACAACCUGUCCAAUCAGAGUUCUGUAUUCGGCUGAUGGAAUGUUGCUUCUCAGUUUGAAUGUGCCGCGUUCACAUUAGCAUCUACGUAAUGCAGUAAGAUGUCUCGAUGAUACAAUGUUCCUAUAUAACUGUGGAGUAACAGAAAUGAAGAUGCCUUGCUUACAGUAGUCUUAUUGCUUACUUGGUGAUGUAACUCUUGUGUGUGUAUAUAAAGGCCAGCGGUUGUCAGGUCUCUGUUGUUCCAGAUAAUGGAUCUAAAGAUUUGUCUUUGGGUGCUCUUAUUUUUUUAUAAAAUUUCCCCGGAUGUGCUGUAGCUACAGUUUAUAGCUGGAGAACCAGAAACACAGCUGAUCUGGGGUCAGGAGGGCUUCUGGGUACUGUAGUUCUUGGGUCUUACGCGCUUCAGCCUAUUUAUUCAGUUGAUUGCUUUUGAUGUGCCCCCCCCCCCAUUACACACACACACACACCUAGUUCCUAACUCACCUUGACCAAAUGUAACCAUGUUUAAAUAUCUCAGUUAGUAUCGUCAGUGACGGUUCUGGUCCAAGUUGGUGGAUGAUUUUGAGUGUCACCCAGCUGGACUGGGCCAUUCUAUUUUCUCCCACUUUUGGGGGGGGAGGGGGGAUAUGUGUUCUAGAAGGUGACUUGGAACUCUAGAUGUGUUCCAGAAGGUGAACCAGAACUCUAGAUGUGUUCCAAGGGAGCAGACACUUGUGGAAUGGAAGUUGAGAAGGGAUUUGUUUGGGGGUUGGCAUGUUUGAUUAGAUUGAUGUUUGAUUGGUUCUGGUUAACAUUAGCUGCUUAGCAUUAGCUGCUUAGCUUUAGCUGAAAAGGUCAAGACCUCACCUGCUCACUGUGCAAAGCUGCUACUGCCAGCUUAAAGUGCGUGCAGUUUUUUUUGGAGAUGGUUUUUUUAUUAGACAUUUUCCAUGCGCUUAAAUCAAACAAUUGCAAAGAUGCACAGCCUACCCAAAGUCUUAUCGAUAGUGUUGUAAAAGAUCAAGCGAUUGUAGGUUCUUUUCCCCACAUUUUCAACAAGCUACGAGGCUCCCUAACCAGAGCUCAUCCAUCACACGAUCAGAGAACAAGAUGAUCACAAUCUUGGAACGCACCUUUUUGAAAGUGUUACAAAAAGUAAUCACCACACACACACACAGAUGAGAGCCCCAGUGUCAGCUGGAUCUGCCAGCCUAAGCACCCUCACACAGAUGGCCCCGCCACAGUCCCUUCAGAUUAGGAGCUCAUCCAGAACACAAAGGUAAACAUGACUGUAGUCAUGGUGGGGGUGUAGAAGGCAGGGCUGGGGUUAGCGAUGCCCGGAACCCUGAACCUGAGGAUUCCGUAGAUGUGGUUCUGGAUAACCUGAGAGUUCUGUAGAUGUGGUUCUGGAGAACCUGAGAGUUCUGUAGAUGUGGUUCUGGAGAACGUGGGGGUCUGGAAAACGUGGGGGUUCUGUACACGUGUUUCUGGUCUAGAAAGGGAGUUGAUCUCCCGGCAGUCGCGACGCAUCUUUAUCCUCAUUAGAAAAGUUGAAGCCUUAAUCAAAAAGUGAGAUUUUAAAAUAAAAUGUUUUGAAAGUG